AUGUCGAGUACGGACCAUUUCCCUGAUGUCGAUGACUUUCAGCGUCAGAGCGAUGGGUUCAUGCAGUGGCUUUCUCAGCAAACCGACGUGACAAUUAGUCCCAAAAUCGAGGUCCGAGAUCUCCGUCAUCAGGGCUCUGGCAGAGGAGUUGUCGCACGCAGCAAUAUCCAGGAAGGAGAAGACCUUUUCCACCUCCCACAUCAUAUCGUGUUGAUGGUCAAAACAUCUCGACUGAAUCAAACACUCGCCGACGACCUAAAAAAUCUCGGUCCCUGGCUGUCCCUCGUCGUUGUUAUGAUCUACGAAUAUUCGCUAGGCGAACAGUCCAACUGGAAGCAAUAUUUUCAAGUGCUCCCAUCGAAGUUCGACACUUUAAUGUUCUGGUCCGAGGAGGAAUUCUCUCAACUUCAAGCCAGUGCCGUGGUCGACAAGGUUGGAAAACGGGAUGCGGAAGAAGAUAUUUUCGAGAAAGUAUUACCUCUUGUUCGGGCCCACCCAGACCUUUUCCCACCCAUCGACGGUGUCAUGUCCUACGAUGAUGAUACAGGAGCACAGGCAUUGUUGGAAUUGGCACAUCGCAUGGGCUCGUUGAUCAUGGCUUAUGCUUUUGAUAUUGAAAAGGCAGAGGAGGAAGAAAGUGAGGGGGAAGAUGGAUACUUGACGGAUGACGAAGAACAAUUGCCGAAAGGCAUGGUUCCCUUGGCAGAUCUGCUUAAUGCAGAUGCAGACAGGAAUAAUGCACGGUUGUUCCAAGAAGAGGGCGCGCUUGUCAUGAGGGCUAUCAAACCCAUCAAGGCCGGCGACGAAAUCUUCAACGAUUACGGUGAACUACCACGUUCAGAUCUACUUCGACGAUAUGGUUAUGUGACAGAUAAUUAUGCUCAAUACGAUGUUGUCGAGUUGCCUCUGACUGGCAUCUGUCAUGCUGCUGGAUUUGAUAAUAUCGAAGACAAGGAAUAUCCUCAGCUCAAACUCCUUGACCAACUAGAAAUUCUCGAAGAUGGCUAUUGUAUCUUACGGCCUUCUCCAGAAGAUACCUUACUUGACAUACUGCCAGACGAGCUUCUCGCUCUCCUGAAAACCCUAACCCUCGACUCCGAAGAAUUGCAACGUUUACUCUCCAAAAAUAAACACCCGAAACCCAUCUUGGGAGCACGCGAGGCUCGCAUACUACUCGACGCAGCACAAAGCAAAAUGGGCCAGUACGGCACGACGAUCCAAGAAGACAAAAUAUUACUGCAACAAUUCGCUUCGUCAUCUGUACUAUGGACCAGGGAACGUCGUCGCCACAUGGCUGUUCAAGUUCGUGUUGGUGAGAAAGAGAUUCUGCAGGCCCUUUUGAUGAUGCUGCAGGACUUUUUGAAUGCGGAAGAAAGGGGGACUGGUAAACGUGCGGCAGAAGGUUCGGCCCAGGAGAGUCAGAAGAAAGCGAAGCACCAUCAUUGA